ACAUGGAAAUUUGCGAAGCUCAUCGGCAGGUUCUUCCAUAAUUUGACCUCGUAGAUGCUCCUUAAGCUCUACUACAUGCGAGCAAGAGUAUAGGCUAUACUCCAAUGGCCGUCAUUUCCAGUUUCAAGGACGGGGCGGCGGUAGUUUUCAGAAGGCAGUCGUCAAACAUGCAUCGGCGUCUUCCGUCUCUCAGGUGCUAUUCUUCUCGACUAACCGAGGCGGAAACCAAAUCAUUGAACAAAACCAAAAAGGCGAGAGACAUGGCACGGAUGAUCAACUCUAAACCUUGGUCGAAUGACCUUGAAUCAUCUCUGGCUUCAUUCUCACCCUCCCUCUCUAAAACCACCGUUCUUCAAACUCUAGGUUUCCUCAGAGACCCAUCUAAAGCCCUAAAAUUCUUCAACUGGGCACAAGAAAUGGGUUACGCUCACACUGAACAAUCCUACUUCUCGAUGUUAGAAAUUUUGGGUCGCAAUCGGCAUCUUAAUACGGCUAGGAAUUUCCUGUUUUCGAUCGAAAAACGCUCUCGUGGAGCAGUCAAACUCGAAGCCCGAUUCUUCAAUAGCUUAAUGAGGAACUUUAGUCGAGCUGGACUUUUUCAAGAAUCUAUAAACCUUUUUACGACGAUGAAAUCACAUGGGGUUUCCCCAUCGAUUGUUACAUUCAAUAGUCUUUUGACUAUUUUGCUUAAAAGGGGCAGAACUAAUAUGGCGAAGAACGUGUAUGAUGAAAUGCUUAGUACUUAUGGAGUGACUCCUGAUACAUUUACAUUCAACAUUUUGAUUAGAGGAUUUUGUAUGAAUGGCAUGGUUGAUGAAGGUUUUAGAAUUUUCAAGGACUUGUCUCGCUUUGGUUGCGAACCGGAUGUUAUCACAUAUAACACACUUGUUGAUGGAUUGUGCAGGGGAGGUAGGGUUACCAUUGCAUAUAAUGUGGUAAAGGCAAUGGGGAAGAAAAGCGUGGAUCUGAAUCCCAAUGUUGUUACAUACACAACUUUGAUUAGAGGUUACUGUGCGAAGCGAGAGAUUAACAACGCCUUAGCUGUUUUCGAAGAAAUGGUCAAUCUAGGCUUGAAAGCAAACAACAUAACCUACAAUACGUUAAUUAAGGGGCUUUGUGAAGCCGAGAAAUUCGAGAAAGUAAAGGAGAUAUUGGAGGCAACAGCAGUAGAUGGAACGUUUUCUCCUGACACAUGCACAUUCAACAUUUUGAUGCAUUGCCAUUGUGAUGCAGGAAACUUGGACGAAGCCUUGAGAGUGUUCGAGAGGAUGACGAAGUUAAAGAUUCAACCAGAUUCGGCUACAUAUAGUGUAUUGAUUAGAAGUUUGUGUGAAGGGAAGUAUUAUGAGAAGGCUGAGAACUUGUUAGAUAAACUAUUAGAGAAAAGAAUCUUGUUAAGUGAUGAUGGUUGUAAGCCUCUUGUCGCUGCGUAUAACCCCAUUUUGAAGUAUUUAUGUGAAAAUGGAAAGGCUAAGAAAGCUGAAACAGUGUUUAGGCAGCUAAUGAGAAGAGGAACACAAGACCCUCCAUCUUACAAGACGUUGAUCAUGGGGCAUUGUAACGAAGGUACAUUCGAAUCUGGGUAUGAGCUACUAGUCUUGAUGUUGAGGAAAGAUUUUUUACCAGAUAUGGAGGUAUAUGAAUCUUUAAUUAAUGGGUUUUUGCACAAGGAUAAGCCACUUCUUGCCCUUCAGACACUGGAAAAGAUGCUGAGGAGCUCCCAUCUUCCUGAAUCAUCUACUUUUCAUUCUAUACUUGAAAAACUCUUAGAACAAGGAAAUGCAUCUGAAUCUGCUAGUCUUAUACAGUUAAUGUUAGACAAGAAUAUUAGACAAAAUCUCGGUUUUUCAACCGGUUGCAUAAGACUACUUUUUGAAGCCGGAAUCAACGACAAAGCGUUCCAAAUUGUUCGUAUGCUUUAUGGAAAUGGCUAUUCGGUUAAAAUGGAAGAACUAAUUCUUUUUCUUUGCCACUGCAAAAAGGUUAUAGAGGCAUCUAAAAUGUUGCUAUUUAGUUUAGAGAGUCAUCAAGCUGUCGACAUCGAUGUUUGUAGUACGGUAAUUUUUCACCUUUGUCAAAUUAAUAAGUUGUCUGAAGCAUUUGGUCUGUACUAUAAACUGGUGGAGAUGGGAGUCCACCAACGGCUAAGUUGUCAAAACCAGCUGAAAGUUUCUCUUGAGACUGGGGGAAAAUUCGAAGAGGCUGAGUUCGUAUCAAAAAGGAUGGAACCACAGCUGAAAUGCAAAACCAAUGAGGCCGAGGGGACUACGAUUUUUCUCAAGCAGCUCGCUGAAGUUAUAUGGAGUUGGAUAUACCAAAUGGGACUUGUUCUUCAAACUCUGAUAGGUUUCAUUCAGGUAUUUACUGACAAAGGCUACAAACACAUCUCAUUUAAGCUCCCAAAUAUGUCAAAGAUGAGUUGUGAAGGCCCGGCUAAGCUCGAUCAUGCUCGGGCAAGGCGUGUUCCAACGCCUGGGAAGGCAACAAUCCUUGCAAUAGGCAAAGCAUUUCCUAGCCAACUCGUUCCUCAAGAAUGCUUGGUUGAGGGCUACAUUCGCGAUACGAAAUGCGUAGACGCAACUAUAAAAGAAAAACUGGAGCGUUUAUGUAAAACUACCACUGUGAAGACAAGAUACACUGUCAUGUGUAAGGAAAUCUUGGAUAAGUAUCCUGAGCUUGUCACUGAGGGCUCACCAACAAUCAGACAGAGGUUGGAAAUUGCUAACCCUGCAGUUGUUGAGAUGGCCACUGAAGCUAGCAAAGCUUGUAUUAAAGAAUGGGGGAGGUCUGUUGAAGAUAUCACCCACAUUGUCUAUGUUUCUUCUAGCGAAAUCCGCUUACCUGGUGGGGAUCUUUACAUUGCGAAUCGCCUCGGUUUGAAGAACGAUGUCGGUCGAGUGAUGCUAUAUUUUCUAGGCUGUUACGGCGGUGUCACUGGACUCCGAGUUGCCAAAGACAUAGCAGAAAACAACCCAGGAAGCCGCAUUCUAUUAACAACUUCUGAAACUACAAUACUUGGAUUUCGUCCCCCGAACAACGAACGCCCAUACGACCUAGUUGGAGCUGCACUCUUCGGCGACGGAGCUGCAGGCGUGAUCAUCGGAGCAGACCCCGUAUUGGGGCAAGAAUCUCCUUUCAUGGAGCUGAACUAUGCGAUCCAGCAAUUCCUGCCAGACACCCACAAUGUGAUUGAUGGAAGGCUCUCUGAAAAGGGUAUAAAUUUCAUACUUGGAAGAGAUCUUCCACAGAGAAUAGAUGAGAACAUAGAAGAGUUCUGCAGAAAGCUGAUGGGAAAGGGGAAGCUGGUGGAGUUUAAUGAGUUGUUCUGGGCAGUUCAUCCCGGUGGGCCGGCGAUUCUGAAUAAACUAGAGAGCACUCUGAGGCUUAAAAGUGAUAAGCUUGAAUGCAGCAGGAAGGCGUUGAUGGACUAUGGGAAUGUUAGCAGCAACACUAUCUUCUAUGUCAUUGAGAAGAUGAGGGAAAAGCUGAAGAGAGAAGACGGGGAAGAAUGGGGACUGGCUUUGGCGUUCGGACCUGGCAUUACUUUUGAAGGCAUUCUCAUUCGUAGCCUCUGAUUUCUCCUCUACCUCUGCCAUAUGCAGCAAACAAAAUGUGGUUCUUUACUUACUAUUAUGCUUUGGAUUAAAAUAUGGUUGGAUUGUGAAUCAAAAUAAGUGCUAAUUGUGACUCUAAUCGGUAGAUUCGGUUUGAAAAAAUGUUGGUUCGGUAUGUCAUAAGUGAGUCAAUUUAGAGCUUCUGUUUCAAAUA